AUGCACGCCUCAAUCGCUCUCAUCGCGCUCGCGGCUGCUUUCCAAGUGACGGGGAAACCCGCGCCUGCAGUACCUGCACCGGGGAUCACUGCAGCUCCCGCGGCCAUCGACGCGGUGCGACUACAAGGGAGGGACGUCGUGUCGACUAUUCCAUUCGCCAGCUGCACGCUCAUCGUGGAGUGCUGCCAACAAGUACUCACGGUCCCCGUCAUCCCUGCGAGCUUCACGGCGCUUCUACCCAGCGGCCUUACGGCUCCUAUCCCAUUCCCAACUCUGGGCCCGGUUGUUGGCGUACAGUGUAUCCCCGCGACCAGCAAAGAUAUCGAGGGAAGCUCAUGUGUCGCGGGCGGAUCACCUAUGUGCUGCCAGCAAGACCUCACUGAUCUCGUCGCAGAGGGAUGUCAGCCGGUCGUCAACAAUCCGCCCUCCAUCACGCUACCCUCGCUCCCCCUCCCUACACUCCCUCUCCCCACCUCGCUCCCGAUUUCCAUCCCCGGUCUCCCUACCAUAUCUGUCCCUGGCCUCCCCAUCUCCCUCCCGCUCGGGGGCAGUCCGUCCUCCUCAAGCGGUCUGCUCGGGCUCCCGCUCCCGUCGCUCCCGCUCCCCUCCCUGCCGCUAGGUGGAGACCCUGUACCGACCACGUCGUCAGGUUUGCUCGGUCUCCCGCUCCCUUCCCUCCCUCUCGGCGGCAGCCCGACGUCUUCAUCCUCCGGUCUGCUCGGCCUUCCCCUCCCCUCUCUCCCGCUUCCAAUUGGAGGAAGCCCGACGUCCUCAUCCUCUGGCCUGCUAGGCCUGCCUCUGCCUUCCCUUCCGCUCGGAGGAAGCCCGACGCCCACGACGUCUAGCUUGCUCGGCAUUCCUCUUCCUUCGCUCCCGCUCGGCGGCAGCCCCAGCCCGACAUCGUCUAGCCUGCUCGGUAUUCCUCUGCCUUCACUUCCGCUUGGAGGCAGCCCCAGCCCGACGUCGUCCAGCCUGCUUGGCCUUCCAAUCCCGUCCCUGCCCCUCGGACUCGCGUCGGAGGCGCCGGCCCCGUCGGUUUGA